GAUACAGGAGUGGGCAAGUCUAGUAUUGUAUGUCGUUUUGUGCAAGACCAUUUCGACCACAACAUCAGUCCGACGAUAGGGUAAGUUGUAAUACCUCCUUCAAUGCAAUAGGCAGCAACAAAGUGUGUAAUCAGCUUUCAGCCUGUCCUGUUCCGGAGACCUUUCAGGAAUCAUCAAUUUAAUGUGUCCCCUCAUGAUGAGUUCCGUUUUCUGUGUGCCCCCCACCCCCCAACCCCACCCCCAUCAAAGUUACCCAUCCCUGAUCUAAAACAGCAUCCCUCACAGGAAAAUCACAGUUAUUGUAUUGUAUCGUUCACAGUUGUAUAAUGUUGAGACCAAGUGCUAGGCAUAAUUCUCUGUGUUACUUGCAGGGCAUCAUUUCUAACCAAGAUGGUGCCGUGUGGAAAUGAACUACACAAGUUCCUCAUCUGGGACACGGCGGGACAGGAAAGGGUGGGUUAGGUGCCUCAGCUUUGCUCAUCCUUCAUCUGUUUAGGGUUGCCAGCUUGAGCCAAACUCAUUCGGGGGAGAUUAUAAAAUUCUGUCCACGUUGUUUAAGUUUCAUUAAAACAAAUCUCCCACAGUAGCUUUACUGCUUGCCAGGAGGUAAAGGCUGGUUCCAGGGGUCAAUGGAGAGAGUUGGCAUGGCAACCCUUUUCACUGUUUACUUCUUGGUUCCCAAAGUAUGUAUCCAGAGCCUUCUCAAGUCUUACACAGUCACAUGGCGACUAAGUAUCAUGGUGAGAUUACUUCCCUUUCUAAGGGAUGACGUGAUUGGUUAUUCUGGGACACACUGAGAAAGUCAGGGUUCAAGGUUCAUAGUACUGUUGUGGCAUGAUGACUCACAAGGGUGGGGUGUACAGUGGGGAAAAAAAGUAUUUAGUCAGCCACCAAUUGUGCAAGUUCUCCCACUUAAAAAGAUGAGAGAGGCCUGUAAUUUUCAUCAUAGGUACACGUCAACUAUGACAGACAAAUUGAGAAAAAAAAAUACAGAAAAUCACAUUGUAGGAUUUUUAAUGAAUUUAUUUGCAAAUUAUGGUGGAAAAUGAGUAUUUGGUCACCUACAAACAAGCAAGAUUUCUGGCUCUCACAGACCUGUAACUUCUUCUUUAAGAUGCUCCUCUGUCCUCCACUCGUUACCUGUAUUAAUGGCACCUGUUUGAACUUGUUAUCAGUAUAAAAGACACCUGUCCACAACCUCAAACAGUCACACUCCAAACUCCACUAUGGCCAAGACCAAAGAGCUGUCAAAGGACACCAGAAACAAAAUUGUAGACGUGCACCAGCCUGGGAAGACUGAAUCUGCAAUAGGUAAGCAGCUUGGUUUGAAGAAAUCAACUGUGGGAGCAAUUAUUAGGAAAUGGAAGACAUACAAGACCACUGAUAAUCUCCCUCGAUCUGGGGCUCCACGCAAGAUCUCACCCCGUGGGGUCAAAAUGAUCACAAGAACGGUGAGCAAAAAUCCCAGAACCACACGGGGGGACCUAGUGAAUGACCUGCAGAGAGCUGGGACCAAAGUAACAAAGCCUACCAUCAGUAACACAUUACGCCGCCAGGGACUCAAAUCCUGCAGUGCCAGACGUGUCCCCCUGCUUAAGCCAGUACAUGUCCAGGCCCGUCUGAAGUUUGCUAGAGUGCAUUUGGAUGAUCCAGAAGAGGAUUGGGAGAAUGUCAUAUGGUCAGAUGAAACCAAAAUAGAACUUUUUGGUAAAAACUCAACUCGUCGUGUUUGGAGGACAAAGAAUGCUGAGUUGCAUCCAAAGAACACCAUACCUACUGUGAAGCAUGGGGGUGGAAACAUCAUGCUUUGGGGCUGUUUUUCUGCAAAGGGACCAGGACGACUGAUCCGUGUAAAGGAAAGAAUGAAUGGGGCCAUGUAUCGUGAGAUUUUGAGUGAAAACCUCCUUCCAUCAGCAAGGGCAUUGAAGAUGAAACGUGGCUGGGUCUUUCAGCAUGACAAUGAUCCCAAACACACCGCCCGGGCAACGAAGGAGUGGCUUCGUAAGAAGCAUUUCAAGGUCCUGGAGUGGCCUAGCCAGUCUCCAGAUCUCAACCCCAUAGAAAAUCUUUGGAGGGAGUUGAAAGUCCGUGUUGCCCAGCAACAGCCCCAAAACAUCACUGCUCUAGAGGAGAUCUGCAUGGAGGAAUGGGCCAAAAUACCAGCAACAGUGUGUGAAAACCUUGUGAAGACUUACAGAAAACGUUUGACCUGUGUCAUUGCCAACAAAGGGUAUAUAACAAAGUAUUGAGAAACUUUUGUUAUUGACCAAAUACUUAUUUUCCACCAUAAUUUGCAAAUAAAUUAAUUAAAAAUCCUACAAUGUGAUUUUCUGGAUUUUUUUUCUCAAUUUGUAUGUCAUAGUUGACGUGUACCUAUGAUGAAAAUUACAGGCCUCUCUCAUCUUUUUAAGUGGGAGAAGUUGCACAAUUGGUGGCUGACUAAAUACUUUUUUUCCCCACUGUAAAUGGACGUGUGUGUCUGUGUGUGUGCGUGCAUGUGUGUGUGUGUGAGUAAAUUAAAAUAUCACUUGGUUCCUGUUGAAUCACUGUUAAAUCACUGUUAAAUCACUUGGUUAUCUCAUCCACCCUGUUAAAUCACUGUUAAAUCACUUGGUUAUCUCAUCAUUCCUGUUAAAUCACUGUUAAAUCACUGUUAAAUCAUUGUUAAAUCACUGUUAAAUCACUUGGUUAUCUCAUCCUCCCUGUUAAAUCACUGUUAAAUCACUUGGUUAUCUCAUCCUCCCUGUUAAAUCACUGUUAAAUCUCUGUUAAAUCACUGUUAAAUCACUUGGUUAUCUCAGCGUCCCUGUUAAAUCACUGUUAAAUCACUGUUAAAUCACUGUUAAAUCACUUGGUUAUCUCAUCCUCCCUGUUAAAUCACUGUUAAAUCACUGUUAAAUCACUGUUAAAUCACUUGGUUAUCUCAUCGUCCCUUUGUCCAACAUUGUUGCUUUUCCUGUUUGUAUUUUGAACUUAGAAUCUUUAUUUUUCCAAACUAAAGCUAAGAGAGUUGGCACAUGCCUGGAAUGUUCCAUGAAUAUCUAUAGGCGAUACCAAACAGUUAUAACCUUAGUUAUAACGCUAUAAUAUCGGCCAAUGAACUGCAACUGCGCUUGUGCAGAUAGGAAUUUAUGCUGUUCUCUACUACCAACUGUAACUUAAUGUAUGGUUGUAUUCCAGUUCCACUCGCUAGCCCCCAUGUACUACAGAGGGUCUGCCGCUGCUGUCAUAGUCUAUGACAUCACCAAACUGGUAAGGAACGGAUCAAUAUUCAGUGUGGAUCCCAGACUACAGACAUUACAGCCUGGUCCCCAGAUCUAUUUGUACCGUCUUGCCAACUCCCGUCUUCAUUGUCAUGCCAAACAGAUCUGAGGCAAAGGGCCCCUAUUCAUAAAGCUUCUCGGAGUAUCAGCGCUGAUCUGCCUUUUAGAUCAUUGUGAAUCAGAUUAUAUGGACAGGGAAGACCUGAUCCUAGAUCAUUGUGAAUCAGAUUAUAUGGACAGGGAAGACCUGAUCCUAGAUCAUUGUGAAUCAGAUUAUAUGGACAGGGAAGACCUGAUCCUAGAUCAUUGUGAAUCAGAUUAUAUGGACAGGGAAGACCUGAUCCUAGAUCAUUGUGAAUCAGAUUAUAUGGACAGGGAAGACCUGAUCCUAGAUCAUUGUGAAUCAGAUUAUAUGGACAGGGAAGACCUGAUCCUAGAUCAUUGUGAAUCAGAUUAUAUGGACAGGGAAGACCUGAUCCUAGAUCAUUGUGAAUCAGAUUAUAUGGACAGGGAAGACCUGAUCCUAGAUCAUUGUGAAUCAGAUUAUAUGGACAGGGAAGACCUAAUCCUAGAUCAGCUCACCUACUCUGAGAUGCUUUAUGAAUACAGGCCCAGGCUAGAGACAUUAGGCUUUGUAUAAAAAGCCAAGUUUGACCCAUCAGCCCUGGAGUAAAGUGUAACCUGGCCAUUGUAUUGUCUGUCUGCCUGCCUGCCUGCCUGCCUGCCUGCCUGCCUGCCUGCCUGCCUGCCUGCCUGCCUGCCUGCCUGCCUGUCUGCCUGUCUGUCUGUCUGUCUGUCUGUCUGUCUGCCUGUCUGUCUGCCUGUCUGCCUGUCUGCCAGGACUCUUUCCAGACACUGAAGAAAUGGGUGAAGGAGCUGAAAGAACAUGGUCCUGAGGACAUCGUUGUAGCCAUUGCAGGGAACAAGAACGACUUGGGGGACAUCAGGUAUCAAUCAUUUUUGUAAAAUAUAUAUAUAUUUUUUAAAUGUUCUUGUUCAGGUCAACAUCAUAAACAGAUUGUACGUAUGUACAUGCAUUUGAAACAAGAAACAGGACACAACACCAAGACAAUACAAUGGCAGUAAACGAGAACACACUAACAAUAAGAAUUCUACAGUCACUUUCAGGUCUCUGCUCUACUGAUUUUUCUUUUUAUUACUUUCUCAAUUUGACUGUAAAUACGGAGUCAAGGUGACCAGGGUCAAGUUGACCCAUAGAUUCAUUGUAUUUUUAUAUUGACACUUCUCAGGGUACUGUAUAUGCAAUAUUAGGGGGAAGAGAUAGCAAAAAUGGGUCCCAUAUUGAAUAGAAAUCCCCUUCCUUGUUCCUAAAUAUAGCACUCAUUUUCUCCAGCGGUAACACUUUAAACAGAGUUAUGGUUGGUGGCUGGUCUUUUAUCCAGUUAAGGAGAAUGCAUUUGCGGGCCACAAAGAGUAAUUUGUUAGGAAGAUUGAGCUGUGCUAAGGUAAGUAAAAGCCUGUUGCCGACGACACCCAGGACAAAUAACCACGGGUCCAUUCUCAUACGACAUCUGAACGUACCCUCCAGCUCCGUUUUGACAUUUUCCUUAGAAGAUUGUAAUGACUGGGAAUGUCCAGAACAGACGAGGGCCUUUUUCCUUCUCCACUUCCAACAGGUGUCAGAGAAUCCCAUGAACCCUUGAAUCUUAUACUGCAUAUAUGGCACCUUGUUGCAGGAGAUCAGUUUGUCUUGUGUUGCAGGUGAUCAGUUUGUCUUGUUGCAGGUGAUCAGUUUGUCUUGUUGCAGGUGAUCAGUUUGUCUUGUUGCAGGUGAUCAGUUUGUCUUGUUGCAGGUGAUCAGUUUGUCUAGUUGCAGGUGAUCAGUUUGUCUUGUUGCAGGUGAUCAGUUUGUCUUGUUGCAGGUGAUCAGUUUGUCUUGUUGCAGGUGAUCAGUUUGUCUUGUUGCAGGUGAUCAGUUUGUCUUGCUUCGAGCCUUUGUCCAAUUUAGAAUUUCUGGGCCUCUUCCCGGCUCCGUUUCCCAGACCCUAAAUCAGAGCACUUGAGUUACUUUCAACAUUAGAGUGUAUAGCAAUAUGAAAUGAAGAAAUAAAGUGUUUAGGUCUUUCAGCUUUCAACAGGAGAUUGUCCACUAUAGGGUUCGUAUUGGGUUCUGUGGGGGUGACGCCAUCUUGGAUUCCAUCAAAUGUCUUACUUGCAGAUACCCAAAGAAUUGUCUGUGUGGUACAGCACAUUUUUGUUGGAUUUUCAGAAACGAUAGCAACGUGUCACCAUCAAACAUAUCUGAUUUUUGGCCUUAUACCUUUCUGGUACCAGAGGUAGAAAAUGCUAUCAGAAACGCCAGGUAGAUAGACCUUGUUAUUAAUAAGGUGAGUCAGAGCAGAGGAGUAAUCCUUUCUCCCAAUAUUUUUGCUAAUAUCUCUCCAGAUCUUAAAGGUGCUGUUAAGAAUAAAGGUAAUGUUAAGAAUAAAGUUAAUGUUAAGAAUCGGGUUAUGUUAAGAAUAAAGGUAAUGUUAAGAAUAAAGGUAAUGUUAAGAAUUGGGUUAUGUUAAGAAUAAAGGUAAUGUUAAGAAUCGGGUUAUGUUAAGAAUUGGGUUAUGUUAAGAAUAAAGGUAAUGUUAAGAAUCGGGUUAUGUUAAGAAUAAAGGUAAUGUUAAGAAUCGGGUUAUGUUAAGAAUAAAGGUAAUGUUAAGAAUCGGGUUAUGUUAAGAAUAAAGGUAAUGUUAAGAAUCGGGUUAUGUUAAGAAUAAAGGUAAUGUUAAGAAUCGGGUAAUGUUAAGAAUAAAGGUAAUGUUAAGAAUAAAGGUAAUGUUAAGAAUAAAGGUAAUGUUAAGAAUAAAGGUAAUGUUAAGAAUAAAGGUAAUGUUAAGAAUCGGGUAAUGUUAAGAAUAAAGGUAAUGUUAAGAAUCGGGUAAUGUUAAGAAUAAAGGUAAUGUUAAGAAUAAAGGUAAUGUUAAGAAUAAAGGUAAUGUUAAGAAUAAAGGUAAUGUUAAGAAUAAAGGUAAUGUUAAGAAUCGGGUAAUGUUAAGAAUAAAGGUAAUGUUAAGAAUCGGGUAAUGUUAAGAAUAAAGGUAAUGUUAAGAAUAAAGGUAAUGUUAAGAAUAAAGGUAAUGUUAAGAAUAAAGGUAAUGUUAAGAAUAAAGGUAAUGUUUUACUUCUGUGCUGACUGAGUUUCUGUCACCAGUCAUGACACCGAUUAAUGAGUAUGGAGAUGUGAAGCAGGACUCAUUACUGACCCAAUUAGAGCAAUAAUCUCUGAGCCUUUCUGCAAGAUACAAGCAUGACAUGCCCAGUUAUACAACAGUAAAUGAGGCAGUCCCAGUCCUCCUAAAUGAGGCAGUCCCAGUCCUCCUAAAUGAGGCAGUCCCAGUCCUCCUAAAUGAGGCAGUCCCAGUCCUCUUACAUUACAUGGGAGCUACAGUUCACUAACUUGUUUACUCAGCCUUGGUCUUUUUCUGUGCAAUAUAAAGUCUGAGAGAUAGUCAUUGAGGUCAUUCAAAGUAUUUUUUAAUGUAUCAGUACUUCACUGCUGUACAGCUCUGUACUGCAUUACCACCCCGGGGUUGCGUGUUACUGCUUCUCUGACUAGGAAGUGGUCAUUCUGAAUUCCAGAACACCAGGAAAUGAGAGCUUACUGACGGAGCACCUUUUUUUUGUUUAGUUAACAACUUGAAGACUUUUCAGCUGACGUUCUCAGGAGUGUGUAACCUCCCUACCACCACCACCACCACCACCACGUUAAAAGCUACGUUUGCAAUGGGAACCCUGUUGAUGAGUCAACCCCAGUACUUCACUGUAGUGUCUCUUUUUAACAGGGAAGUUCCCAUGAAGGAAGCUAAGGACUUUGCUGAGUCCAUUGCGGCCAUCUUCAUGGAGACCAGCGCCAGAAACGCUGUCAACGUGGAGGAGCUCUUUCAGAAGAUCAGUAAGUAUUUCUAGUUCACUCGGUUUCUCUUGGCAAGGUGUUUCAUUCCGUCCAACCACGUGACAUAUGGUUUAUUUAUCAUUCAUUGUUGUCAGGGGGUUGGGUUCAAUUUGAAUUGAAGUCAGUUCAUUCAGGAAGUAAAAUUGAGUGACAAUAAUAAGUUAUCUAUGUCAAAAGUUGUUUUAUUUUCAAAUCAAAUAACUUCCUGAAUUGAUCCCAAUCCCAUUAUUGUUAUGCAUCCCUAAGAUCUUUAUUCUGCAAAGUCAUUUUUUUGUUCACUAUAAAGCAUGUGUUGUGAAUAUCUUUUGAUAUCUGUUUGUUUUAAGACACAAGUUACAAAUCUCAACAUUCUAUGCAACCCUUCAAGACAGAUUAGCACCAUUCAGCACAGCGCCUGUUAGCAGCUCUCUUAGGGAUGAAUCCAAGCUUCCACCUCAACAUUCUAUGAAACCUUCUCAGACUGCAAUCAGGAUUCUUCCCAAAUGGCACCCUAUUGUAGCGCACUACUUUUGACAGCACUAUGUAGGGGAAAAGGGUGCCAUUUGAGAAGCAAUCACAGCGUAAUAAUUUGCGUCUCUCUUUACGUAAUGAUACACGUUGUGUUGUGUUUCAGGUAAACAGAUUCCGCCCCUGGAGAAUCCAGAUUUAGACAGCAACGAGUCCUUCAAGAUAACCCGGCAGCCCCCUCCGUCUAA